GUCAGUAAAGUUAAUGCUCCACUGACACACAGCGCGAGACACGCAGCGAGACAGAGCGCGAGACACGCAGGAAGAAAAUUUGAAACAGUCGACAUGCCUCAGUAUUCAGACCUGGAGACUGCCAUCAACACGCUGGUCAGCCAGUUCCACUCUGCUUCAGCGGACAACAGUGGGACGCUGAAAACUGAUGAAUUCAAAAAUCUGUUGAGCUCCGAGAUGCCAAACCUGGUCAAGUUUGGCUCAGACCAGGGACUGACUGACAUAUUGCGGAAGAUGGGUGUAGGCGACGGCGAGGGCAUCUCUUUCAAGCAUUUCUGGAGUUUAAUCCAGUCAGUAGCCACCCAACAGCACGGCCUCCUCAGCAGCCAGAUGGGGGGCUCCUCAUGCAGCUGCGUCCUCCUGUGAAGAGCAAGCUCUCAGCCCAACACAUCAGCUCCAACCUGUUUCCACCCUGGAGUUUCACUACACAGAGUAACCAUAUGCACAUCACUCUUAUAAUCAGGUGUCUGACAGAAUACAAAGGUACAAAGUCUAUUCUGCACAAAGCCAGCGGUUCCCAACAUUUCUGACUAAAAAAUUUACAGUUUUUAUAUGCUGUGAUCUCUUUUUUUGACAGUUUACUACAUCAUGCUUCUGCCAGUAUACUGCCCAGCAUCCUUUGCACCCGUUUAAACUCAAAUUCAGUCUAUCUUGCUUUGAAAUUUGUUGCGCUAGUUAAAGAAAAACACCCAAAAAUUCCUCCUAGAUGUAAGUCAAGAGUGAUUUGAGGUAAGGUUUAAAACACCUGUGAGCUAGGAGAAGAUUUGGGGAGUUGAGGUGCAGUCAACAAAGGCACAGCUUCAGGGGAACACUAUUAGGCAACUCGACAAGCAGAGGCACUAACACUCAUUUUUAAUUUAAUUGGUGCAAAAGGCACUGGGCAUUGUCAUAGUCAUAGACACUAAGAACAGUCAUUUUCCCUCAUGUGCUACAAUUUGUUUUCCAUGUAUUAUAAUGAUUCGUGAUGCCUUCAAAUACUGAAUGUUUACUUCACUAAUAAUAGAAAGAAGAACAACCCUCUGUUGUGGUAUUCACAACUUCAUAGAUGUAUUUUCUAAUAGUUAAUAGAGGGUUAACAGUUUUGAAAAUGGUAUCAAAUGGAAGCAUGGCCUUAAAAUGAAGAUACUACAUCAUUCACCAUUUUCCAAAAGGGAACAAGGGCAUAAUCUUAGGGUCAUCUCACUAUUUAACCACAUAAACGUUAAGAAAAUCGUUUCUCUUCAGUAAUAUUGUGUAGUCAGCUUCGCAUGGAAACGUUAACUCACAAGUACCAUUUGAAAUCAGUAUGACAGCGUGUAUCAACAGAGUUGACCUGGAGAAACAUGAGUUUAACUUUCAGAAGCUCCGAAACAUUUUAGAAUUUCUUACUUUGUGCAGACUCCAGUUCAAAGUAUGUGUUGUUGUGUUGGUAAUGAUAGUUUACAGUUGUUUCAAGUUUAAAUCAUGCCUUAAUCUUUAAAACUACGACACUAAUCAUCUCAUUUUGACCUUGUGUCAGCAUCAAAAAAAAAAAGUGUCAGAAUGUUUGACUUUGCAAUCAUCUGAUGAAACAAAAACUGCGUGCUUUAUAGUCUCUUUAUUAAGUUUCUACCCUGUAAUGCUUUACCCCCUGUGACUCUGCAAUUUCUACGUAUUUAUAUUUUGUAAUUCUCUGUAUUCUGACCUGUGUGACACCAUAAGAAACAUGACGCAAUAAACAUACAAACAAA